UCCAGCAGCAGCGGCGGCAGUGGCGGCGGCGACAGCGUUCGGCUCUGGCGAGGAAGGCGCCCGAAGCCCAUGCCUCCGGCCCCGCGCCGCGGCUGCCCUGACCUGGCCGCGACCUCCCUCUGGGCGCCCUGCCGCCCCGGCCUCUGGGGUGUUCCCUAACCACGGCCCAGCCCCGCCACACCCCCCGCCCCCGGCCUCCGCAGCUCGGCAUGGGCGCGGGGGCGCUCGCCCUGGGCGCCUCCGAGCCCUGCAACCUGUCGUCAGCCACGCCGCUCCCCGACGGCGCGGCCACGGCGGCGCGACUGCUGGUGCCCGCGUCGCCGCCCGCCUCGCUGCAGACCCCAGCCAGCGAGGGCCUUGCGGCGCUGUCGCAGCAGUGGACGGCGGGUAUGGGCCUGCUGAUGGCGCUCAUCGUGCUGCUCAUCGUGGCGGGCAACGUGCUGGUGAUCGUGGCCAUCGCCAAAACGCCGCGGCUGCAGACGCUCACCAACCUCUUCAUCAUGUCCCUGGCCAGCGCCGACCUGGUCAUGGGGCUCCUGGUGGUGCCGUUCGGAGCCACCAUCGUGGUGUGGGGCCGCUGGAAGUACGGCCUCUUCUUCUGCGAGCUCUGGACCUCGGUGGACGUGCUGUGCGUGACGGCCAGCAUCGAGACCCUGUGUGUCAUCGCCCUGGACCGCUACCUCGCCAUCACGUCACCCUUCCGCUACCAGAGCCUGCUGACCCGCGCGCGGGCGCGGGCCCUCGUGUGCACCGUGUGGGCCAUCUCGGCCCUGGUGUCCUUCCUGCCCAUCCUCAUGCAUUGGUGGCGGGCAGAGAGCGAAGAGGCGCUCCGCUGCUACAACGACCCCCAGUGCUGCGAUUUCGUCACCAACCGGGCCUACGCCAUCACCUCGUCCGUGGUCUCCUUCUACGUGCCCCUGUGCAUCAUGGCUUUCGUGUACCUGCGCGUGUUCCGCGAGGCCCAGAAGCAGGUGAAGAAGAUCGACAGCUGCGAGCGCCGCUUCCUUAGCGGCCCCGCGCGGCCGCCCUCGCCCGCGCCCUCGCCCUCGCCCUCGCCGGGGCCCCCGCGCGCCGCCUCCCCGCUGGCCAACGGGCGCGCCGGCAAGCGGCGGCCCUCGCGCCUCGUGGCCCUGCGCGAGCAGAAAGCGCUCAAGACGCUGGGCAUCAUCAUGGGCGUGUUCACGCUCUGCUGGCUGCCCUUCUUCCUGGCCAACGUGGUGAAGGCCUUCCACCGCGACCUGGUCCCCGACCGCCUCUUCGUCUUCUUCAACUGGCUGGGCUACGCCAACUCGGCCUUCAACCCCAUCAUCUACUGCCGCAGCCCCGACUUCCGCAAGGCCUUCCAGCGCCUGCUGUGCUGCGCGCGCCGGGCCGCCUGCGGGGGCCACGCGGCUGCCGCUGACCGGCCGCGCGCCUCGGGCUGCCUGGCCGUAGCCGGGCCGCCGCCGUCGCCCGGGGCCGACGACGAGGACGACGACGACGACGUCGGGGCCGCGCCGCCCGCGCGCCUGCUGGAGCCCUGGGCCGGCUGCAACGGCGGGGCGGCGGCGGACAGCGACUCGAGCCUGGACGAGCCGAGCCGCCCGGGCUGCGCCUCGGAAUCCAAGGUGUAGGGCCCGGCGGCGCCUCCCCAGCUCCCCCAGCCGGGACGCGGGCUCUGGCCCCCGGGAGCAGGAAAGCCCGGGCGCCCCUGAGCGGCUUCCCAGGAGAAAGAGAUCUGUGUUUACUCAAGACCCAAAGCAGGUGAACUCAAAGCCCACAAACCUCGUCUGAAGCAUCCAAGACAAACAGAAGAGCCACGGACCGUUGCCUGGAAAGGAAAGUUUGGGGAGGGGUGGGAGAGUGGCUUGCCGGUUUUUCUUGGGUUCUUUUUUCUGUUUGUGGUUCGGUCUUCUUUUGUGUGUGCGUGUGAUGCAUCUUUAGAUUUUUUUUUUUUCCAGGUGGUUGUUGACACUUUCUGCGGGCACCGGGUAGGGGAAGGCAGAAGCAUUAGGGCUUAAAAGUCUAUCCACUUGGCUUCCAUCCCAUUCCCGGAACAGGAGCAGUCAGCCGGAGAGAGAAGGGGGAAAUGACAAUUGGUCAGGACGUGUUUCCUUUUGCUUUCCAGAAAAAUUUCAUUUUAAUUCCUGAGUAAUGAUUUCUCCUGUUCUUAAAAUAAAGGGAAAGGAGGGAUGCAGAAAUCACGUUUCAAGAAAUUUUAAGCUAUUCUUGGAACAAGCCUCACCUUGCUUUCCUUUUGUAGGACAAGCCUGCUGUCCCCGCGCGCCUCGGAGGUCAGGCCAAGGGGUGUCUACCUCACACUGUGCACAUUGCACAGCACGAUAGAAAGACUUGUUUAUAUUAAACAGCUUAUUUAUGUAUCAAUAUUAGUCGGAAGGACCAGGCGCUGAGCCUCUGUGACAUGUGACUCUGUCCAUUGAAGACAGGACAGCAAAAGGAAAAAAAAGCGGAAACAGUUCAGAUUACUGCACACGUUGGUAAAAACAAAAAACAACAAAAAAAGGAGUGGUUCAAAAUGCCAUUUUUGCACAGUGUUAGGAAUUGUAAAGUCCACAGAAGAUGUUACUUGCACAAAAAGAAAUUAAAUAUUUUUUAACGGGGGGAGGGAGCGGGGGCGGAUCUUAAAAACUAAAAUAAAAUUCAAACUAUACUUCUGUUGUCUAUUAUGUUAUUGAGCUAAUGAUUUAUUGGAAAAAUAGAUUUUUAUACUCUUAUCAUGGUACUGUAACUGUAUCCAUAUUAUAAAUAUAAUUAUCUUAAGAAUUUUUUUAUUAUUUUUUUAUGUCCCAGUGCCCAUGUGAAUCUGCUGGUAAAACUUCACACUUGUGUGUAAAUUCUACUUCCUUUGUGUGUUUUGCCAAGUAUUUAUACUCUGGUGCAACUAACUACUGUGUGAGGAAUUGGUCCAUGUGCAAUAAAUACCAAUGAAGCACGAUCAA